GUUCGUUUGUUUUUGCGUGAAAAAAUUAGCAUUUCUCUCACGGUAUGCAAACGAGAGGGGACAUCAGCGUUUCUCUUGCAGAACGAAACUUUCCAUAUCCCACCUUAACAUAGAAAAUUCAUCUGCCAUCUCAUCCGUCCUAUCCCACUGUUCCUGGCAUGGCCGAAAAACGACCGAAGUACAUGAAUUGGAUUCUAGAGUGUAUAAACUUGCUCCGCAGUCGGAAAUCACGGCCCGACUUAGAACGAAUUUGCCGGACGAUGCAUAAAUGUCACGGAAUCGAUGAGCGAGACACAGAGGAAGACUUAGCAGUGCUUAUCGCGAGCGGAAUUGUGACAAAGAGGUCUUUUAAAGGCGCUAUUUCUUAUCGCAACGCGUCCGGUUGGCACAGAGUUCUUGGCUCCGGCAAAGUUUCGCGAGCGUCCCGAUGGGUAGGCGAAGCAAUUCGAGCGCUUGAUCGAGGUUACGGCGUCAGCGCAGUGGAAAUCGACAAAUUCAUAACUGCUCGGCACCCGUAUUACCAUAAUUUGAAGGCCAGGAUCAAGAUCGCAUUGAAAGACGAUUUAGAUCAUGGACGCGUCUGGAGUGUGAGUGACGGCAUGUACAGGCUGCUCGAAUCCGCGGAGGUAAGCUGAAGUCUUUCCAAACAUAAAAGUCGGGAACUUUUGUUCGCGGAAAGUCUCCUUAGUUUACAGUCUCCGGUCGCAUACAUGUGACUGACAGAAAACGCAGCUUCCAGCAAAACUUUUUACCACGAAAAUCACAUUAAGUAAAAGGUCCUUAUCAUGUUGAUGGCAGCUUUUCGCAGUUUUUUUGUCACCCUGGUAUUUUGGCUGCAGUAAAUGAUAUUAGCAACUUUUGUAUGCCAUUUCAAGCCCCACGCGUGCACAUAUCCCCCAAUCUAUAGAAUACAAAAUGUUGACGUGUAUUUCCUUGUGGAGUGGUUAGUUAACCGAAGUUCGUAAACCUUGCUCGAGGCUUUUGGAAACCAUUUCCUGGUUCAAUAAAAAAAGACUCUAAAAGAAAAAUAAAAUUAUUGAACAGGAAACUUGAAAUGAAAUUUUCAGACACAAUGGCACACGUUUGAACCAAAUUGCUACAGUUAUUGUAAAAAUCGUUACAAAUGUAUCUUUAUGGAUAUAAACACCUGGCUUAAAUACUAUUAUGAUAAAUUAAGUUUACUUUCUACUCUUUCACCUCCAAGGUGAAUGAAGGAGUCCUUUUAUAAGCUGGUUGUAACUUUUUAGUCUGAACAGGAAAUCCAAUGGUGGAUCCAUUCAAAUCAAUCCUCUUCAACAGUAAUUUCACUUGGUACUAAUUGAGUUCCACCAUAUUACAAAAAAACUUUUAAUUAGAACUUUACCGUGGGAGGAUUAGCUCAGUCGAUAGAGCGCUUGACUGCAGAGGGGAAGGUCGCGGGUUUGAUUCCCGGGGCCAGACCAAUACUCCAAGUCUUAAAAUAACUAAGAAAUGAAGGUACUGCCUUUCCGCUGCAAGCGGCUAGACCUUCGCAUGACUCAGAUGACCACGUAAAAUGGUGGUCCCGUCUCUAGUAGGAGACGUAAAAAUAGUGUCCCCAAUUAGUACUUAGUGCUAAAUACAUUGACACUCAAAUAAAGUGCUUUUUUUUAUUUGUCAAAUCUUGACUUUGGCCACUCCUUGGAGGAAUUUUAAUGUUCAAUUGUUGGUUUUUACAUGACAUCACUAAAAUUCAAACUAAAAAACUAUCGAUCCUAGCAAGAUUUUAGGGAAAGUUCAUUUAAUAUGACAAGGGGGGGGGGAUGAAGAUAUUGAAACUCGAAGCUUGAAAUUUUAGCAGCCCCCCUCGCUAGUGGUUCAAUUUUUUAGGAGCCCCCUCCUUGGUAGUGGAAAAAAUUUCAGAGCCCGCCCCCCCCGCUCCUUCAAUUCCUUUGCUCCCCUGAAAAAAGAUCGCUAGACUGUAUUAAAUAUAUUUACCGUUAUUGUCUUCAAUGGUUUAUACUGUGACAAACUUGAGAUACAGUUGUGAUACAAUUUUCUAAAGCAUUUUUGGGAUGAACAAGAGUGUAAUAAUUACUGAGACUACAUUUGUUAUAUCUGUAGACCACGUGAUAUAGCUGAGUUGCACAGGUCAUUAAAUUGUUGAGUUGAAAACCAUCCGAUCUGUAUGAUGAUGUCAUGUGUUGGUUUUGAAGUAUACAAAUUUUCGGAGCCCCCCCUCCUAGCGCAACAAUUUUUUCAGAGCCCCCCCUUCGGGUGUCUAAAAAUUUUCGGAGCCCCCCCUCAAUAUCUUCAUCCCCCCCCUUGUCAUAUUAAAUGAACUUUCCCUUACUUUCAUGAUGCAUUAGAGCAGCUGAAAAUUAAUUUUCAUACAAAUUUUCCCUUCAAAAGGGUUCUUAGUUUUGUGAUAGAGUACGCUUGAAUUUCUAAGCUUCUGCAUGACGCAGCAUUUACAUGACGGCCAAGAGAGCUGUCAUGUAGGUUAAAACAAUGACUUAUUUCAGGAAAUUUUGCUAUCUAAACAUUUCAUGUAUUAGAAAAGUAUUACUUUAAUGUUUAUGAGUUUCUCGAAGAAUAAAUUCACGCUUUUGUAGCAAACCUCAGUAACAGAUGUUUCUGUUGGUUUCCGUCCGCCAUGUUGGAGCUCAUCCAGGUGAGCACCAGCAUGGCGUCUCCAUACAAAUCUCUAUAAGUUUGGGUAAAACAUUUCUUCGGAUAUCUCGUACACAAAAUCAUUCCUCUGACCUGAAUCUUGGCGAGGGUCUUUGUAUAUGUACCUCAUUUCAUUUCCCAGAUUCUGGACUUUAUCUAUUGAAUGAUUUUGAUUUUGAUCUAUAUUUUUUAAUGGCAUGACACUGAAAACCAGCAAUAACUAGAUAACAUAUAAUGUAACAACUUAGUCAUGUGUGUUUCUUGAACUGUAAAUUUUACUACUAACAUUAGUAAAUAAAUAAUAAUAUUGUUGAAAAGAGCAGAGGACGUUAAACGCUUGGGGUUCUGGUGGGAGGUCUUUCUUUUGAUGGGUGUUUCAAGGAAGGGACUGUUUUGGGCCCAAAUAAUGUUACAAGCUGUUGCGAUGUCUUCCUUGUAUCUGGCAAAGUUUGUGCGUAAAGUAACAUUAAUUACCUUAACUGAAUAGUAGUGAUAGGUGUUGUAGAGCAGUUUUUCAUGACUAACAUCUGGGAGUUGCAAAAAAAGCGGCGCUUGAGUAAUGAAUAUGAGUCAGUGGUUUCACAAAUUUGCUGAUGUGGCAUAUUUUGUUGUUUCAUAAUAUAAUGAUAUAUUGUUUCAAUAUUGAUAUUCAGUUCAUGAGAAGAAAUAAAUCAGUUUUGUGACACAUCAGUGAAUCAUUGCAGCCCUUUGUAAGAAGUAAAUAUGCCUCCAUUUACUCUCAGGCUUGCGUGACAUAAAUAAAGACCUGAUUUACAAGGAAAACUCUAAAUGUUAUCUUUCUUAUAAAAUGUAUAUUAUAGAGCCCGGAAAGAGAAAUUCCAGAAUGUGAACAAGUUUGUGACUUCUGUCUUCAAACUGCGGCUGCAAACAGACGUGGAGAGCCAGAAGACCUCUUAGUAUGCAGAGACUGUGGCAACAAAGGUUAGAAGGGAUGCCAUCAUCUUCAUUAUCUUUGAGUUGGUGCAUAUACAUGUAUAUUCAGGGCUGUCACAAAGGGCAGUUGGCCCCGAGAUUUUUCCCUGCCACUACGAGCCUGAUUCUCGGUUACUUUUGGAAGAAAAAAAAGGAAAAUUAUAACUGUUUAAUUCUAUGCCUACUAGCUGAAUAUUUCUGGCAGUUAAAAAUGUUAUGGCAGUUCUCAGGGUAGGAAAAAACCCAGGUCCGAUUGCCCGGGGCAAGUUAAUUUUGAUCUUGGGUAAGUAAAAAUAGAAGUUUGGUGACCCAGUGGGCAAGUGGAAUGCAUGUUGCCUCAGUGGUCCUGUGAGUCUGUCUGAAAGUGUCAGCUUGGUAAAUGAUAAUUUCUAGGCAAAACUGUUUCAAAGACUGCAAUAAGUAGCAAAAUGCAUGAAUCAGUUUAAAAUCCAAUUGCACAUUUGCUUGCUCGUGUUUCUCCUCUGAUCACCAUAUUGGUCAAAUCUAGUAGUUGCUCUGUAUCGUGGCACAGCAUUUAAGUACUAGUAAUUUUAUACACUUUGUUAUAAAUCUAUAAUUUAUUAUAGACAAUAUCUUAAAACUACCUAAAGACGGUACUUGCAUUCUGUUCCCCUUCAGGCAAGUAAUAUUUAAGUAUAGGAACAAGCAAACACUGAAAUUUACUCGCCCAUUGUGCAAGUGGAUUUCAACUUAUUUUUUCCUGAAUCCUGUAUUUUUAAACUUUUCCUUAGACUUGAGCUUGCUUUGUAUUUUUGCUAUUUUAGCACACCCCAGUUGUAUGAAUUACUCUCCAGAGCUUGUGCUAAGGAUCACUUCAGAUGCUAGUGCCUGGCAGUGUAUUGACUGUAAAGCCUGUAUUAUAUGCAAUGACAGUGGAGAUCCCGUAAGUUGUAAACUUAAAAUCCUUUCCAUGACUUGAAGUCCCUCGGCCACUCUCUAAUCAAAUCUUUGUGGAGGGAGGAGGUUGAUGAAGUUUGGCUUUUGUGUGAUACAUGUAUAUGAAAAACUGUGCAGACGUCAGAGGUUGUUAAACUUAUCACCAAUAAAUGAGCUUGGGUACUGGUUCCAGGUUGAACAGGGGCCUGAUCACCUCAGGCAUAGCAAGGAGGUAUCCAUGGCAAGCAGGUGCAAGUGGGAACCACCCCUGUCUUUCAGUGGAAAUACUCACCUGACCCCAUACCGGUACUUACCGAUGCAGGGGGGAAGGGGUGGGAGCCAGAAUCCACAAAGAAUUGCUUUAAUGCACGAGCAACACUAGAUCUGCAAUGAUCAGCUCUAAAUGCCAGCAAGAAAUGCAACGUAAGUGACAAGAUAAGCAAAAGACCCAUGCACUGAGUCACCCCACAGAUCAUCUACACUUGAGGGUUAGAUCGCUGAUCGCAUCGGCUUGAAAUUAACUUUGCCUAAAUUAGAUUUAGCCACUCAUCACCAGUGUAUGAGCUUGGGAGCUGAUGCCUUAAAGAUUGGACAUUUAGCACCUCAGGCAUAGCAAGGAGGUAUCCAUGGCAACCCUGUGAGCUGGAACCACCCAACAUUCACAACUCUCCAAGGUGCUUGGAGAGAGGUGGAACCCACGACCUACAUUGUAACGUCACCUUGAUCUGCAUUUUAUUAUUCUUCAUAUCAUUUUCAGCCUCAUUUACUAAUAACUGUUAAUAAUUUGAAAAUUUGUCUUAGUAUAGGUAAUAGCAUGAUUUGUAGUGAUAUUUUGCAUAAAUAACACAAGGGAUAUUUCAAAAUAAUUGUUAUUCGUAAUUUCACAAGCCGUUAGACAAGUGAAAUUUGAGACAAUUUUGAAAUAUCACGAGUGGUAUUUAUGCCAAAUAUCAUGUACAAAUCAUGCUAUUAUUUGUUUAUACUACUACCCACAAAAGGUUUGUAAUUUUCACAUGUAGGUAUUUCAAAUUAAGCUGAAAUACCACUGCUCUAAUUUCUCGUGUAGUAGUAUGGACAGCUUAAUCAGUUGUGAAAUAUGUUUUUGUAAUGUGCUUGUCUUUGUAAUUUUCUUUUUCAGAGUAGUUUAUUGUUCUGCGAUGCCUGUGACAAAGGCUACCAUAUGCAGUGUCAUGUACCUCCAAUGUCUACAACUCCAAUUGGUGAGAAUCUCACUUUUGAUCACUUUUACAAGGCUCAAAGUUAAAGGGGCUGAGUUACAGCAGUCUAGUUCAUUUUGUCAAUACAUUGGAACCUUAAUAUAAGGAACCUCUAUAUAACAAAGUCCUCAAUAUAAUGAACAAUUUCCCUUACCCCAGUAAUUAUAGUAAAAUGUAUGAAAAAGAACCUCGAUAUAACGAAACCUCGUUAUGGUGAAUAAAUUUUGUCAGUCCCUUGGCUCUUUGUUAAAUCUAGGUUCCACUGUAUAUGGCAUAUAGCCAUACAAUUAUGCUUUCUUAUGCACUAUUCAAUUUAAAGAAGAAAUUACUUGUAAACGUCAAAAUCUCAAAAUUUACUUCCCAUGCAUUAUAUCAAACAUUACAAACAACAAAAAUGAACUUUGAAAAACUGUUGGGCAAACAAGUUUUCAAAAACAUACAAUUUCAAUCUAUUUUAAUCCUCUUCAGGUUUGUCCAUCCCUGCCUUAACUUUUGUAUUUGCUGUGUCAUAAAUAACCUUUGAAUGUUUUGAGUGAUUAUUUUUAUGUUUCACUCAAUUUGGUAGCAGUUUGUAUUGUCGCACAUGCAACUAGAGUUUUUGGCAGUGUACCUAAAAAUCAUGGGUGAUCGCACUUAGGCACCUAAAAAACUCCAGUUCAGUGUAACUGACUGCACUGAACCAGUUGUUUAUACUGACCAGAUACAAGACAGGUGCAUAUAAAUUCAGAGAAUCUACUUCUUUUUGUCAGCAAAGUUGGUUAAUUUCAAUUAUUUGUUUUUCUUAAAAUAGGAAAAUGGAUAUGUUACAAUUGUCAAAAUCAUCCAAUAAGUCCAGUGCGUCUUGUGGAUUCCAGUGGUUUUGUAAGUCAAGAUGUAGUAAUGAAAUCAGAAGGCGCAAGUAACAUACAAAUAGGAGAUGAUCUGCAGUUGCAUUGCGAUGAGGAUCUCACAGGCGAAUGCACCGUUGAAGUAAAAGAUAUUCACAUUCAAGGUGUGAGAAAAUAAAUUAUUUCUUUUAAUUAAUAUUUAUUGUGUGAGAGUGGAUUAAAAGAACAACUUUACUUGAGUUUAUCUUUUUAAAAUCCAAAGGACAAAUGAAUAUAAAUUUAAUUAAUUAAAUCACCCAUGUGAAAGGUAAAUGCACCACAUGUUAAACCCGGGGAUGGAGGCCAUGGGCGGGGUCUCGUGUGAUAACAAUAAGAUGCUCAUCCGAGCCCGAGAAAAUAAAUUUCAAAUUUCACAGGAAUUGAGAAAACACAGGUAAAAUUGUCUUGCAUAACAUCUCAUUUUGUGAAAUUUAAAGCUUUUACAUGAAGUUUGUUUUCUCGGGCUCCCAUAAGAAAUGACGUUGCAGUUAUAUUUCAUAUAACUUAUUACAUUAUUUUAUAGACCUUGAAAAAGGUAAAAAAGAAUGCAAUAUGAUUAGAAUUAUUCUGGUACAAGGUUUUUGUCCACUGAAAAUUAAAAUUACCCAAUUUCCUAAUGGAUUCCAUCAUAAUCCCUUGGCCACUAUACUUACAUAUGCCCAUUGUAAACCAAUCAACAAUGUUCUGCAGAGCAGAAAAGCCAAUAAUUAUGGUUAAGUAAAAUGGCUAAGUCCUCUAUCUGUACAUUUAUUCAUGCAGUUGAUGCUGAAAAUGUUCAGCGGGAGUUGGAGAUGUUAAAUCACUCAACAAUGAAUGACUGCAAACCGAGCAUGCCAAGAGAAUCAACAAAUAGUGGUCCUAUGAUCGUGGAUCAUGGUGAAUCCAAUGGUCAUGAUGCAAUGACAAAUGGAGAAAAAAGUGUUGUUAAUGGCUUUCAAGGUAUUUGUCUUUGUUUCUGAAGACAUCAAUGUCAGGAUGAUAUCGAUAGAAUAGGUUACUAAUGGGUUUACUGAUAGGGUUAUAAGGGAUUAAGUUAGGUUUUGUUCCCACGUUUUCUUUUUCUCAUUCCUUGUGCCUGACGACAAUGCAUUAUUAACCCACAUGUACCAUCAGGCUGAAUUUUAUUGGUGUUCUUUUACUGUCGUAUAACCUGUUUUGCCUUUCCUACAGGAAAACUAAGAAAUUCAAAGACAGAAACAAAAAAAUAAAAUUGACUAUUGAUAGAGCAAGAUUGUAGGUUAUAUGGUACCGCUAGAGCUGGCAUGGUUUUUAGCAUUUAUGAGGUCGUUUGCAUGGCCUGUCAGUCGCAUUGAACAGAAACCACAGAUGGUUCGCUUCAUAGGUGUCUCUUGGGGGCAUACUAAAAAAAUAAACAAUCCAACUGCCUGGCCUACAAGCCUUAGAACAACUUGGUAAAUGUUAAAAGUCAUGCCAGAAAGAAACCUAUCUGCUUGCAGGGCAGUUAUAAGACAAGAAACAGACGUCUGACAUUAUUUGUUGAUGACCUUGCAACAUCUUUUGUGUCACAGGUUCAACAAACAAAGAUUCACCGCCUGUGUCUGGUAAUACAGCUAGUGACACAGAGAAAGGCAAAAGUAAUCUUCCCCCCGAGACAGCACUGUGGACUGUCACUGAAGUAGUGUCUUUCUUCAGUUCUCUGGGAUUUCCAGAGGAAGCCAAAUCCUUUCAAAACCAGGUAAAGCAGCAUGACCUUCUUAACAAAAUUUUGUGGAUCAUUCUAACUAAACCCACUCUACUAAAGAAUAUUAUCUUUUCCUUCUGUCACACACUAAGAACUUGGACGUCUCAGGUUUAUAGUUUUUGCAGGCUUAUAUAGUGAGGGAAGUCGUUAUGUCACAUCACCAUCUGAUGGUCGCUAAAUUUCUGGAUCUCAACAAACUGUGGUCCUGUAAAUAUGGCAGGAAAAAAAAGGAAAAAAUUGACAUGUAUGACGUUCCUCUGCAUUCAGCACUCAGAAACAAAACGGUAGCCUGUACCUUUCUUUGAUCGUCUGACAAUGCAAUGGCCAUCUCUGUCAAGAAAGAAUGUUGAGAUCCAGAAAUUUUGAUACCAUGGUAACUUGAUGUCACAUAUAUAAGCACACUUUUAUUAAUUAUUCUCUUUGAUUUAAAAAAUCAAUUUUAUCUUUCCACUUCAGGAAAUUGAUGGGGAGGCCUUGCUAUUGAUGUCCAGAAAUGACGUACUGACUGGCAUGUCAAUCAAACUAGGACCUGCACUAAAGAUUUAUGUCCACGUAGCCCGUCUUCAAAGUCAAAAUGGCACCAUACCUUCAUAA